CAUGGCGGUGUGCGCGCGGCUCUGCGGGGUGGGCCCGGCCCGCGGCUGCCGGCGGCGGGGGGCGGCCCGCGAGCAGCGCCGCGGCGACAGCGAGCCCGACACCGACACCGAGGAGGCGGGUGGCGGCGGUGCCGCGGAGGAGGAGGAGGAGGAGGCGGCGGAGCGUAUCGAGGGUCGGCGGCCCGCGGAGGCCGGCCCGGCCGGGCGGGCCCCGCUGUCCCUCCUGGAGCUGCCUCCCGAGCUCCUGGUGCAGAUCUUUGGUUCUCUGCCCGGUACCGACCUGCCCAACCUGGCCCGUGUCUGCACCACCUUCCGCCGCAUCCUCCGCACCGACACGAUCUGGCGACGGCGCUGCCGCGAAGAAUAUGGUGUCUGUGAAAACCUGCGGAAAUUGGAGAUCACAGGAGUGUCCUGUCGAGAUGUUUAUGCCAAACGUAUAAACCCACGAGUGAAGUCGGGGCGUUUUAUGAAAAUCCUUCCCGACUACGAGCACAUGGAGUACAGAGAUGUUUACACCUGCCUGCUGCACCGAUACCGGCACAUCCUGGGACUAUGGCAGCCGGACAUCGGGCCCUAUGGGGGACUUCUGAAUGUGGUGGUAGAUGGUUUGUUCAUCAUUGGGUGGAUGUACUUGCCACCUCAUGACCCUCAUGUUGAUGAUCCAAUGAGAUUCAAACCUCUCUUCAGGAUUCAUCUCAUGGAGAGGAAAUGUGCAACGGUUGAGUGUAUGUAUGGUCAUAAGGGACCUCACAAUGGCCAUAUCCAGAUAGUAAAGAAGGAUGAGUUCUCCACAAAAUGCAACCAGACAGAUCACCAUCGGAUGUCAGGGGGAAGGCAAGAGGAGUUCCGGACAUGGCUGAGGGAAGAGUGGGGUCGGACUCUGGAAGACAUCUUCCAUGAACACAUGCAAGAGCUCAUCUUGAUGAAGUUCAUCUAUACCAGUCAAUAUGACAACUGCCUGACAUACCGACGCAUCUACCUCCCCCCUAGCAGCCCUGAUGACCUUAUAAAGCCGGGUCUCUUCAAAGGAACCUAUGGGAGCCACGGGCUGGAGAUUGUCAUGUUGAGCUUUCAUGGAAAGAAAGCAAAGGGGACUAAAAUCACUGGAGAUCCCAACAUCCCAGCUGGACAGCAGACUGUGGAGAUUGACCUGGCACAUCCUCUGCAGCUGCCUGACAUCGAGAACCUCCGUGAUUUCAGUGAGCUGUCCCGCAUUGUCCUGGAGGUCCAGGAGCAGGUGCGGCGGGAGGAGCAGGAGGAGGAACACGGGCAGGAGGAAGAGGACAGCUCCCCGCAGCCUGCAUCCCAGCCUGCUGCAAUGCCCCUGGGAGAAGGUGCUGAGGGGGAAGAGACUGUGGCUGGGGCACAGGGGACAACCCAGGACAAGGCACCAGCUUCCCAGCCCUUCGUGCUGCCCAUGGGAGUCAUAUCCAGGAAUGAAGACUAUCCCCGGACCUGCCGAAUUUGUUUUUAUGGGACGGGGCUCAUUGCUGGGCACGGCUUCACCAGCCCCGAGCGAACCCCGGGGGUCUUUGUUCUCUUCGACGACGAUCGCUUUGGGUUCAUCUGGCUGGAGCUGAAGUCCUUCAGCCUUUACAGCAGGAUCAAGGUCUCCUUCCAGAACGCCCAAGCACCUUCCCGUGAGGCUUUUGAUGAGAUGCUGAAGAACAUUCAGUCACUGGCUACUUGAUGGGUUGUUUGUGAUGGACAGGGCUAGGGGUUGCAAAGGCUGCUGCACUCCCCAGCCAGAGCUGGGAUGGGGAUUCCUUGCUCUUGGUACCUCUGAAUUAAAGCAUGCACUUUUAAUAAAGCCUUUUUACCCCAAAUGUACACAUCCCAGUUAAAAUAUCCUUUCCUCCCUGCCACCCUACACUGCUCCCUAGCAGCCCUUGUUACCCAGUCUGUAACAUAGCUUUGUGUGGCUGAAGGGAUCCUGCAGAGGAGGAAACAGACCCUUCUAGCAAAAAGAAUGUUUUGGAACAAAAAUAACUUGAGGUCAGAGCUGGGUCAGGAGAACAUCUUCUUUACUGGAUGGACACAAGUCCUCUGCUCUGACCAUUAGUCUCCCAUGGAAGGAGCCCUUCAUGGAAGGGACUUGUUGAAGCCUUUGCUUUACUCUAGGCCCAUGUGUCCUCCUGGGAGACUUGCUUUACCCUCUUGAACACCUGUGCAGUCCCCACUGCAGACUGGUUGCUUCAUGCUAAAUUGCAUCAGCAGUGACAAAGCAUGUCCUCCUCUCCAGAAACCUUUCUCAGGGUGCAGCAUCACCAAGAGAGGCUGGUGUGAUAUCUGCUUCCUUGGCUUAGUUAUUGGAGUGGGUGGUUUCCUUUUGAGAAAUUCCUUCAGGUUGGCAGCAAGGGGAGGAUUCCCCUUGGGAAUGGCUGUGUAGUGUUGUUCUGGCUUCUGGAGCUUGGUGGCUGUGCUGUCCCCUGGAGCUCCAGGUCUGGAUGUCUCCCUGAGUGUAGAGAUGAUUCUUCUUUCUUACAGGAGCUGGCUGUGGAACUGGAUGCACAAGCUGGUGUGUUCAGAAUUUGUUUUACUACCUGAAAGAUUCACCUCAGAUCUUUGAAACUGGGCCUGAAAAUGUAAAGUAAGGAGAAAAAACAAAAGUAACUGUGAAAUAAGCCCACAUGCAGCCUCCUGGCUUCUGUCUGAUGGGCAGCAGAAGGUGCCAUGUGUCACUGGUACUGAUGUGGCCCUAUUGAUGUGUCAUUCUUGGAUCAGGUUGCUCUGUGCAGUCUGAAGGAGCAGGGAGGAAUUCUAAUAUUGCUGUGGCCUGGUUUGGCACCUUUUAUGGUUGGUGCUGACAGGUGGGAGCUGCUCUCCACUCACAGGACCCUUCUGUUCCCUUUGUAGUCACACUUGUUUCAUCCCAGAUGAUUGCUGCUUCCACAGAAAGCUCCUGGGCUUGAUUUCUUUCUGUGAUACUUGUGUUCUGGCAGAUCUGAGCUCCCCUGAGAAGUGUGGGCUGCAGGUGAGGCAGCAGAUUCCCCAUAGACUGUCCUGUGUGGGAGAAUCCAGUGCUCAUCUACAGACUGUGACUUGUGCUAAAAACCAUCUCAGCAUUUGCUUCAGUGUGUUAUUAAUCUUGUGUAGGAAGAGAUGCUCUGAGCCUUGUGUGGAGAGGAAAGAAACAUUUGUAAGGAAGCUCUUGGUUCCAGGCAAAGUGCAUCCUUUGCUGCAGUUGCUCCCUGGCUGUGAUGAUGAGCUCCAGGUUUCUUUUCUCCCUGCUUACCAGCUGGAUCAGUGUCUAACAAAGCUGCUUUUGUCUUCUGCAGGUUCUAGUUUGUAAAUGUGUGAGUAUAUGUGUUGUGUUGGGAGGGUUCAGGCCCCUUCUGUAGAGAAGUUUCAGUCACUGCCUAGUUCCACUGACUGUGAGCAGCUUUUAUUCUCACUCUCACAAGGGCUUUUUGCCAUUUCUGGCUCUCGAGUGUUCCCUCAAGCUGUGUGAGAACUCAAUCUCCAGCAGAGACUGAGCAGAAGGUCACGUCACUCACAGGAUUAAUUCCUGUCUCUUUGGAUAUAGUUUAAAAAACCUCUUAGUAUUUGAAGGUGAUUUGGGACAUUUUUCUCUGUUUUCUGCUGCUUUGUCAGUAGUGGAAAACCUCACCUCCAUUAGAGGUGAGGAUCUGAAGUGCUAUUACUGUUCAGUGAAUAAGCUCUAAAAAGUAGGUUGUUCCUGAGCAGCCUGUUAGAGGUGUUCCUGUCAGCAUCAGCAGAGGGAAGAGUUGACUUGGAUCUCACCCCAUCAUGCAGGGCUGGGAGAGGGGAAGGGUGGCAGUUCUCUGAGCCCUGGUGUGUGGGCAGGGAGGUGAGUUGAAGCUAAAAUGGGCAUCUUGGCCUUUUGCUGCAGCUGCUGAGCUGUGUGCAGGACAGCAUGGGCUUCAUCUUGCAGGCAGAGAUUUCUAGCUUGAUCCUGCAGGUUUCUGGGGUACCCAGAGGCAUUUAGGAAUCUGUUUGGCAUCUGGGGGGCCAGUUCGUCUUGGAGCUUGCAGUUAAGGCUGGUGCAGCCAGUAUGUUGGCUGCUUUGUAUUCUCCCUAACAGCAUAAAGGGGUGGGUGAGGGCCCCUUGGGCAGCUCUUUUCAAUCAGUUGCCCUUAUAACCAGCUCUGCUUCAGCUGCAGAUGGAUCCACAGUUCUGACUGUGGAUUCCUCCUUCCUUCCAUGUCCCCCAUUCACCUGAAAAAAAUAAAAAUCCUGAGUUUUUGCAUAACUGACUGCAUAGUUCUUGCUUUUUGUUCCUGAAGUAAGAUUCAAACUCCAGACUGUAUUGACGGCAUCACAUGCACCUGGCCUGAGACCCAAGUCACUGUCUCCUAAGUAUAGAUGCUGACUUUGCAGCUGGUCUCUUCUCUGUAACCUGCUGUAUUGGGCUGAGUGGGUAAAAGGGAGUGUAGGUGUGUUCUGCUGCUGUGUCAUAAUAUGCUUUUAGAAGUUUUUACCUGUAGCUUAAAUCCCCUUGAGACAGGAGUCUGCUGGGGAAAGCAAACCUGUGGGUAGCAGAUGGCAAGAGUGUUCUGCUCGGUGCUGAAUGCAGGUCAGCUUUGUCACUUGGGGAAGGGCCUGCUUGGCUGUUGGCACAGGUUGUGCAUCUGCUGUUCUCUAGGCUGGGGCAGUUCCUCUGCUCAAAGCUUCUCCUUUCCAAACCUUUUCAGUGUCACUGUUCAAGGUCUCCUGACCUGCUUGGCUGGCUGGAGAGUAGGGCUUUGCAGAGGCUGCGUGCCCUGCAGGAACUUCUUACAGCUCAGCUUUGCCCCUGUGGUAGAAUCUACAGGGAAGCUGGAGAGGGACUUUUUACAAGGACAUGGACUGAUAGGAGGAGGGGGAAUGGUUCCAAGCUGAAAGAGGGGAGAUUUAGAAGAGGUGUUAAGUAUUGUCUCUUGUGAGGGUGGUGAAACACUGGCCCGGGUUGCCCAGGGAAGCUGUGGCUGCCCCAUCCCUGGAAGUGUUCAGAGCCAGGUUUAAUGGGGCUUUGAGCAACCUGGUCUGGUGGGAGGUGUCCCUGCCCAUGGCAGGGGUUUGGAACUAGAUGGUCUUUAAGGCCCCUUCCAACCCAAACCAGUCUGUGACUCUGUGAUCACUUUAUUUCUAGCCUACCUGAUUGGCCUCAAAACGUCAGAAUGUGCUAGUCCUGAUUAAAGGCAAAACUGCUGAUACACUUUAUUGGCUUUAUUCUGUCUAGAGUAAAGGCAAUCAAAAUAGCAAAAUUUGAAUUAAUAUUAAUCCUCUGCCUUCUCGCCUUCUGCUCCUCAAAGCCUGGCAGGCUUGUCUGGCAUUUCAGAAGAAAAUUCCUUCUGACUUGGCUUAGGGUGAGGAAAGCUGCUAAGGCAGUAAAUUUGGAGAGCCUGGCACCAUGGUCUGGGUGCUCCUGUGCCUUUGCUGGUUCCUUUGUGCAUGGCUACAUGAGUGCUUGCAGAAAAAAGCUGAAUAACACGAUAAGGAGGUAUAACUUCCAGCUCUGAAAUCUUUGGAAGUGGGGAGGGAACAAGAGGAGUGCAGCCAGACUGGGUGGCAGGAUCUGAGCAUGGCCCGUGGCGAGGGGGGUGGGAAUGCAGCCCCAGUCCUUCCUUCUCUGGGGGUACCCGUGGGGAGCAGUGCUGAAUACAGGCAGUAUUGUGCUGUAUCCUGCUGCUUUCCUGAACCUCAGUUGUCCAGCUCAUUGGGAUAUUUCAGAGAGCUGUUGACAGGGAUAAUGUGUGGUGGUGCCUUGCAGAUGGUGAUAAAUUUCUGAUGCUUACAUGUCCUCAUCCUGUUCACUCUGGAGAAUUGGGUGGAAAGCUCUGGGGAAGAGAGAAAACAACUUGUCAGGGCUAGGAAUACUCUCUGGGCAGAAACCUCAUGGAAUAAACAAAGCACAUGCAAUUAGAUUGCAGAGCAGUGUUGCCCCAAUAGCCACAGCAAGACCCAGGGAUUAAUUUUAGCUCAGGAGCAAUAAGCAAGUGGUUGGCUUGUGUGCUGGGGCUGUGUUGUGCUCCUAGAUCACGCUGUCUGUGUUGUCAAAACACAUGGGUUUGGCCAGCUGGAAAACAGAAGCCUCAAAGAUCCUCAUCCAGCCAGUUUGUUUGUUUGCCUUGGGCCUGAUUUCAUAGCUAUAAAUGUGCUGUGAUGGAGUGUUGUGGUUGUAGGAGACUCACUGCAGUCCUCGUGGACUUGUCAGGCUUUUUUGUUUGUUUUUUUUUGUUUUGUUUUGGUUUUUUUAUAUAUGGAGGAGGAGUAAAAGGGAUGGAAUUACUUGUAACUUUGGCUGUCAGCUUCCCUCUGGAGUGAGAGCUGUGUGGGACUGCCAUGGCUCCUCUGGAAUGGGACAGCAGAGGUCAGAUGGCAAUUAUUUAGGAAACUGUACUGGGGAGAAAGCAAAUUUACGUGCAAGCUUGCUUGGAGGUGUAAGCUACCAGGAAAAAAAACAAAAUGCAGCUGGCUCAAUGUUUACUUUUAAACAAGGAUGACUUUUGAUUGCUUUUUAUUAAUUUAAAACUAGUGGAACUUAAUGAGAGUGUUGGAUGUUGUGUGGAAAUGGGUUGUAUAAUCUCGACUUGCUAGUUUAGGAAAUGAUAACAUAUUAACUCUGUCUCGUAGCUGGUUGCUCAUGUGGCCAGUCAUCUUCUGUUGUGUUCAGCUGCCAAAGGACUGUGUGCUGGCCUUGGCACUGCAGGCCAGACAGACAGCACAGCUCACCAGUUGGACAGGGAAAUAUUUGAGAUGUGUGAUUAGGCAGCAGAGUGGAAGAUAAGUUACCAAACUGUGAGUGCCACUGCCUUGUUUUUUUGGUGUGUGCUAAAUUAACACGUAUGGUUCUGGUUUUUGUUUGGACUCCAGUCUUUUUAAUUUUUGCAGAAAAGAGCACUUGGAUUGACUGUGUUCAUUAACUUAAUUAAAGCAAUCUGCACUUUUUUCAUUGAUUAUUACUCCUACUUCCCCAUAGCAGGUAUACCCUGUUUCCAUUGUGUAUUUUGCACUCACCACUUUGACGUGACACUGAUGGAUUAAUCUGGGCAUCUCCUGUGGGCUUUGAGUGUAACUAAGUCUCUGUUAUUAAAAAUGAAGGUGAAACACCAGAUCCCUGCUUUGUACAGAGGGUGGUGCAGAGGGAGGAGGGGAGCUUUUCUUUCUAAAAUGCCCUUUGAUGUCAAACACCUUUGUUUCAUGCCACAAACAUCCCUGUGGAACAUAAGUGUAGUUUAAACAGCUCAUCAGCCCAGUCUGCUUUGUCCUUUGGUUUGUGGGUUUGAGAGGAAUGGGCUGUGUAGAAGCCAGAGGUGACUUUGCAACACUUGGCCUACUUCAUCCCAGGUAUCAGAAAGCUGAGCAAAAUGUGUGUGUUACUUUUACACCUGAUCCAAUGGAGCUUUUUCCAGUUUCAAAUAAUAAACAGGAAAGUUUUGUGAACUUCA